CAGAUUAGGCAAACUUUCGCAUGCCGGGGGUAGAGGAGAAGGAGCGCAGCCUUCUAGCAGAUUUCUGCAACACUCGCUCUAUCAAGAACACGAAAGGGCAUGUCGGUGACUUGGCAGCAAGCCAGGAGACAGAGUCCUAUCCUGCCUGGGCCUGAACUCCAGGGAGGAGCACGCAGAGGAAGGCAAAACAGCUGAGAUCAUUUCCGAGGCAGGUCUGGAGACAGGCAGGAGGACUGGGGAGAUCUUCUGCGGUGGGGGCACAGCCAAACAAAGCCCCCGGAGCCUUCGCUGGGGACGGAUGAGACAGCUGGAGUGGGGAGGCAGGUAGCCCCUCACCUGCUGCCGCCAGCUUGCAGCCUCCGGCCCCUGCCUCUUCCACCACAGGGUCCUCAUGGAGACCAGUCCCGGGAGCGGCUUGGUGGAGGUCCUGAAUGGCCUGGCAGCUCAACUGGGAGAGCCCGCAACUGCAGACGCGGGCUUCGAGGAAGACUUGGAAGAGGAGGGCCAGGUGAGGCGACCAGUGGCCCAGUGGACCGUCUCGGAGGUUUGCUCCUGGCUGAGCCGAGGGUCCCUGGGGGCUCAGGGGAAGCCCCUCCUGGAAGCGGCACACAGCCACGCCAUCUCUGGAAAGGCCCUGCUGCGCCUGACGGAUGAGACGCUGGAGCGCAUGGGAGUUGCGCCCUGGAGCCUGCGGCAGGAGCUGUUGCGCGAAGUCCUGCACCUCCGCAUUCAGCAGGAGAUGAAAGACUUGCUGGACAUUACAGGAGCGUGAUCGAGGGAGGCUCGCUGUCAAGUGAGCAGCUCUGUCUGGGAUGCAAAAAAGGGAACACACUUUGGUGCCAGCCUUUGGCCGCAACUGGACCUCCGAGCAGGACGAUGGAGCCCAAAGCCCAGGGCCAGGCCAGGCUUCAAGGACUGGAGAAUGGAAGGAGCUGCUUUGGGGUCUGGACUCGGCAGUUUGCAGCCCCAGGGGCAAAGGCUUUUGCGGCAGAAUGUGGGUUUUCUCGGGGAAGGGGGCUGCCCCCAUGCCUGUAGCCUCCUGCAAACAUCUGGCCAGAGGAGGGUGGUCCACGCUUCGUAGGUGUGGGGAAGGGUUGCAGCCCAGCAGCGGAAGUUAUGUUGCUAGGCAUGCAGAAGGUACGAGGCUCAACAUCUGGGGGCUGCAGGCUGGGGGGGGGGGAUCCCUAGAGAGAGCCUGCCAGUCAAGGGGGGCCAUACUGAGUUAGGUGGACCAGGAGUUGGACUGAUUUGCCGAGACAUAAAACUAUGAAACUGUUGUUCAAGAAAGUGUUUGUCAUUUUGAAUUCAACAGGACUUGCUUCCCGGUAGCCCAGUACAGUAGUACCUCGGGUUACAGACGCUUCAGGUUACAGACACUUCAGGUUACAGACUCUGCUAACCCAGAAAUAGUACCUUGGGUUGAGAACUUUGCUUCAGGAUGAGAACAGAAAUCGUGCUCCGGCGGCACGGCAGCAGCAGGAGGCUCCAUUAGCUAAAGUGGUGCUUCAGGUUAAGAAAAGUUUCAGGUUAAGAACAGACCUCCGGAACGAAUUAAGUACUUAACCUGAGGUACCACUGUAUGAUGCUACAAAUAAAACAUACAUAACCUAUUUCCUGCCCUGCAAAAUUAAAUCACCUUUUAUUACAGUGCACCAUACAAAAAUAUUUGUUUAGUACAUGGGUAGGCAAACUAAAGCCCGGGGGCCGGAUCUAGCCCAAUCGCCUUCUAAAUCCGGCCCGCGGACGGUCCGGGAAUCAGCGUGUUUUUACAUGAGUAGAAUGUGUGUUUUUAUUUAAAAUGCGUAUCUGGGUUAUUUGUGGGUCAUAGGAAUUCAUUAAUUUUUUAGUCCCCCCUCCCAAUAAAAUAUAGUCCAGCCCCCCACAAGGUCUGAGGGACAGUGGACUGGCUCCCUGCUGAAAAAGUUUGCUGACCCCUGAUUUGGUAUAUAUGAGGCUGAGUCUUUGCGUGUUUAAAUUCCUUUAUCUUUGCAAGCUUGACGUGUGCAGCAGGGACUGUUGCUGGAGCUGGGAUGUUGCACUGCAGAGAGUUGUUCAGCCACAAGGUGGUGAGCGAAAGAAAUAAACCAGCAGGCAGAGAACAUCAGGAUUAGGAACCAGCACUGCAUUUAAGGCCUUCUCGCAUCUCUGCACCCCUAUCCUGAAAAGGCACCCCCACACUUAAAAUCAUAGAACCAUAGAGUUGGAAGGGACCGC